CAAGAACUCGUUUGAGCCGAUGCUGCAUCUAGAAGUUGGAUCCACGAAAUUACCAAGACGCUCUUUUCCUGUACAAUUAGAUGCUAACCAGCCACGCCCAAAGGGAGAGCCAAAAGAACUAGCAGCCUUCGUAGAUCGUGCGGGGUCGAUCAUGCGGAAUCUUUUAGCAGAGGAGAAGAACCGACGAGAACGAGAAGCUAGGAGAAGCAAGUCGUGGGGUGAACAAGAGUAUGAGGAGUUGCUGAAAAGUGGCGAAGAAGGCGAAGUAGAUGGAGUAAGACAUGAACAAUAUGAAAAAAAUCACGAUGCAGACGACGAGCAAGACGAAGUAGAUGAAGAUUCUCGCACAGUCGAGGAGCUGAGUCACAUGGUUCCAUCGACGAUUUUUUUGCAGACUCAACAAGAGCAGACAAGUCAGCAAGAACAGAUGCGCAGCAGCCAAGAAUCACUGAUGCAUAUGUUCCAGCACAGCCUCACUGCCAGAAGUGUUCUCGAGUUGGCAGGUCAUGGUAGGAAGCAUAUGGUGCUAUUGGACGCUGACGAGAACCCUUUUUUGCCCUUAGAUGGCAUCGCUAAGAACGAUGUUGGGGCAUUAAUGAGGAAUAGAAGGAGGAACCAAGAUGUUACCAAAGAGGGACGUUUGAUGCGACUCGAAAAUAGUAGUGAACCAUUGGCAAAAGCCAAAAUAGAGGCUCGAUCAAUGUUGGCAUCUCCUACUUCUUUGUCCAGCACAUCAACUGACGGCAGACUUUCGAGGAGAAUGCAGCCGAUUCGGCAGGAGGAAGAAGAAAAAGGCUACAGCGACCUUGACACGAUCAAGUGGAAAAUGCCUUAUGCCAAAAGGAAGAGACAUGCUCCUUCAUUUUCUUCUUCACUUUCUGCCAGUACUAAGACUCACAAGCCAGCAGGAGCAACGAUUUCCGCAACUUUUUUAGCAGAGCAAUCUUUUCCUACAACCCCUCAAAAAACAAGUAAAGAACCUGGUGAGAGCGUUACAAAUGUUCUGAAUAAUACUAGUACCAACAAACAGCGCGCCUCAACCUUUGACAUCGAUGAAUACGACUCUGAUAAGGAUUCAUCCAGGGCAGAAAAGGUCCCACCAGGAGCAGUAUCGCAUGGUGCCAAAGGAACAACAGCAAACAAUGAUAAUGGAGGACUAGGAAGAGAUGAUGACUCCUAUGGCUCCUCGGACAAAAAGACUACAACAGUGGAUGGCAGUACUAGCUCGUCAGGUGGAUCGACUCCGGACGCAAGUGGAGGACCGUCGGCAGAAGGCCUAGUACCUACCAUGAGAAAGGACCACGACAUCUUCAAUCAUAAUGAUGUUAAUGGACCAGGUACUGCUUCCGCUAGAACAGCAC